AUGCCUAAAGCAAAGGCAAAACGAGUUUCUGUUCAACAUACUCGAGACCGAGUCCGGAACAAUCAGCGUCAACAUCGUGCUCGGCGGAGAGAUUAUAUCGCCACCCUAGAGGGGAAACUUGAGGAGGCAGAGCGGACCAUCUCGAGGCUCAAAGAACACAUCAAGGGCCUAAAGGAUGCCGACGGUGCUUUAGACGCGACAGAAAAUAUGGAUCCUACUGUUGCUGGUGCAAGCGACUCGAUAGUCGUUGGCUCUCCUACGGAUAAUGUUGAUCUUCCCGUGCCAAUAUUCGGCGACCUUCUCGGAUUACAUACCAGUCCGCCUAUCGCAUCACCUACCCUGAAUCCUGCACCCAUCUUCACAUACUCUACGCCAUGUUUCUUGUCAGAAACUACAAACUACACAUACUCACUCCCAAAUCUGCAAUUACUCGUACCGACACCGACAUUUGCGACGGAUCCAACAACAAAUUCAUCUUGUCAAGAGUCAACAAUUCUUUGCUCAGAAGCAUACAUCCUCAUAGCCCACCAAAACCACAAACACCUCUCCGAAAGCACCAUAGCAGCCUAUCUAUGGCCCAGCUUCCGCGCAUCAACAUGUCCCAACGAAGGAUGUCGCGUUGCCACAAGCACGUUAUAUACCCUCUUGGCAUUCAUCAGCGACGUUUCCAGCACUUAUCAGGAACUUUCCUAG